CGUAUUCUCGUGUUCAAGCUCUGUUUCGCAUCACCAGAGUCGGAACGCUUUUGAAAUCAAUCGUGAAAAUUGGAGCGCAUUUUCUUGGUGAUUUCAAGUUGAUUACAGUACAAAAAUUACCAGAAUUUGUAGCCGAGAUACUCUUCUAUCGUUCAAGUUCAUAAAGCGGGAAAAGCAAGCGCUGUGGCGGGCUUAAUGUGCAAUCAACGUGGAGGUACUUUGCAUUGGUUUGAUAUAAAUUUGUACAACCUUAUUAUUGUCCACGAAUUUUGAAUAUUUUGGUUGGAUUUUCUGGCCACCGGAACCUAUCGUUCGCUGAACUGUGGGGAUCAGAAGUCACAUUGUUUAUUUCGUUUACCUUUUGCAACGAAAGCUCGUUUGUUGUGGUUGAAAUAACAGAUAUUUACAGCGUGUUCUGUCGCCAGUUUUGAAAGCAAAUUUGCACGAAAUAAAGCACAAAAUAUCAUUGGAAAUUGACCAAGUAUUAAAAGGAAAAAAAGGCGUAAGGUUAUUAUUGGUAUUUCUGCUUGAAAGGCAUAGUAAUUUGAGUGUGGUAUCGCCUAGUGGAUGGGACGGAUAGUGACCGAAAGUUGAAUAUUAUUGGCCGACAUGUGACCGAUAUUAAAAGUUUAAAUCAUUCACUGGUUUAAAUAUAUUCUCGCGCCUUUAAACUACAUGAAAUUGAAGUGAAAUUGGAGUAAAUUUUAAAAGGAUUUAGGCAUGGCAGAAGGGACUAGAAAAAACCCUCUGGAGUACCAACGAGAAUACAACGAAUUUAUGUAUAAAUUAAAGAGAUUUUUGGCUUCAAAGGAUAUGCCAAUGAAGAAAUUACCUCAAUUUGGUGGUAAAGACAUUGACUUGUAUCUUUUAUACAAGACAGUUACAAAUUUGGGUGGUUGGUUGAAGGUGACUGAUGAUCGAAAAUGGCACGAAGUGGCUAAAAAUUUCAAUUUGCCACCAAGCUGUCUUAAUUCAGCAUUUGCACUUAGACAAUUGUAUGUUCGAUACCUGGAGGGUUAUGAGAAGUUGUAUUUUCUUGGUGAAGAUGAUGAUUCGUCAACCUCAAGGCUUGGCCUAUAUAAUCUUGGAAGUUAUGGAUCACAACAGACACCACAAAUGUUUAUUCGAGAUCCUCCAAGGAACUUUGAUAGACUUGUACUAUCCCUACAGUCAGGAAUACCAAAUGAAGUUGAUUUUGCUAUCAAUAUUUGCAUGUUAUUGUCUAAUGUCAAUAAUUCUGUCUUCAAUCUCACUAAGGCCCCUGCAGUCAUUGACAUGGUCCUGGCACAUGUGGGUGUUUUUGAAGAAGAUUCAUGUGGAUCUAGUGAUCUUUACAAGCAAUGGUAUAAAAACUCUGGCAAAGACUUCCUAAAGUUUUGGAAGCGAGUGCUCAACUGUGAGGAGAUCAAAGAAUUGUUGCCAAAAUCAGAUAUUGCUAACUCAACCGAAGAUCGAAAAUGUGACAUAGAUUCCUUGUUUAAUCUUGAUAUCAAUGCAACUCAUCAAGAUUUUGAACUGCAACGGGUGCUUCAGGUGUGCACAAUACUGCAUAAUUUCUCCUUCGAUAAAAUGGAUGCCUCCGUACUAUCUUCGCACACAGUAUGCAUAAGGUUUCUGGUGUUCUGCCUGCACAGCAAUAUUGGAUCGCUGAGGAAACUGGCCGCGGACACCAUCGCAAAUCUUGCGGAUAAAAUGAUCCUCGAACCUUUGGAAUCCUUGAAUUCCCAGUUGUUGUUCUUCAUGAUUGAUCGAUACCUCCGCGAUUCUGAUCGGUAUAACAGGAUAUGUGCAAUGAAUGUUUUAAGAAAAAUAUGUCUGCAAGAAGAGAACCAAGAAUUCGUAUGUUUGGCGCUGGAUGUUCAAACAUAUGAAGCCCUUGUCACCGUUCUUAUUCUUGAAGAUGUCCAGCUUCUGAUUCCCUCGCUUGAAACGUUGUACCAAUUGACGAGUCUUGGCCAAGUACCGUGUGAUUGCGUCGUGGCUGUCGAGAAAAGUAUCGAAAUUCUCGUCGCUGUUCUUCAUGUUUGCGUGGAGUCUUUUGCAACAGAAAUGUUGGCUGAAGUAAAGGUUGUUGAUAAUUACCAUGGUGUCGCUAUAGUUCCAAAUGCAUCAGGGAAUAAGCAAUCGCCGAACAAAAUGUUGCCGAAUAAUCCAGAUCUGAGACAGAAGUCAGAUGCCGAACCGGAAACUAUUGCGCAACAUUGGCUUCGUAACGUAUACGAGUUUGAUAUGUCAAGUACGGUUCUUCAACGAGAUCUCUACACGGAUUAUCUUACGUCGUGUGGAAAAGUAACGAGGAACGUCCUCAAUGUUCCUUCAUUUUAUAAACUUGUAAGAUCUGUCCAUCCAGAGAUCCAAAUCGUGAAACUUACUACAGCAAAUCAACAACUAUAUGGCUUGGUCGGUCUACGACGGAAACUCCCCCCUGGACAAUACUUCAUGCAAACUCCCGUCGUACAUCAUGGUCCGCGAAUGCCCCAGGCCGUAACUCCCCCUCUGAUGCGUACAUCAAGAACCACGUCGUCACCAAUGAACAUAAACGCUAGCAACGUGCCUCAGGCAACUGCUCCACCUAUAAGAACUGAGAGCCUAGUAACUAAUGUACCUACUCGUCCACAAUCUCCUUCGCUUCACGAACAAAGACAUGAUGUCGUGUUUCCUAAUGUCAGAUCUAAUCCCCAACCAGGUAGUAUAAAACUACCUACUAGAUUUCCAACAAACACGGUUCCAACACCUCGACCGAGUGGCAGCAUGUCGGCGUCAGAAUUUCUAGGAAGCCUAGUGGGUACUAGAUUCCCAGGCGACCCACGAAAUUUUAAUACGACAAAUGUCCCAUCAACCCCUUCAAACGUAGUUCCCUCUGCCGGUCAAACGAUGACAUCGACAAAUCCUGGAAAGGUUGUCGAACAGCCCAUUGCACGUUUGCCUGAUUUGGCUACGGGUGUUGCCAACCAGGCUGCAAAACAAUCAACGCCAAAAACCGCCGGCCUUCCUACCGCUCGAAUGCCUGACGUGGUUUCGGGUGGUGCGGGUACGGCCAAUGGAGGCAAUCGUCACGGUGUGUGUGCACCCCCUAUCUCUUCGUCUGGCAAAACUGACACGACUCCGAAGGUGACCAUUCAGUCUCAAACACCUUCUUUGAAAAGUAGCGAAUCUGUAAAAGCGAUUCCUCAAGAACCGCCUGCUGUUGUAAAGAAAGAUGCGCUUGUGAAUGGAACCGCGCAAGUUGAGGCUGUUUUGAAACCUGUCGUCAACAUUUCCCAAGCAAAGGUGUCCGCUGUUAACGGUUCUCAAACAAACGGCGUACUCUUUGUCGGCAAAGAAGAGCGGGCGACAAAAAUAGCGCCAGAUGGACACGAAAUUGUUAUUUCGGUUGUCGAAAAUCCGCGGAAACCAAGUACGGGACCGAGUGAAGAAAUCACGACCGGAAGCCUGGUGUUAGGCAAGAAAAGACCGAAACCGUUGCUAAGCGAUAUCACGUCAACGGACAAGGGUGACGCAACACUACUUAUGAACGGGCCUUUUGUUGCUAGCGAAAUGUUACGAAACGUAGCGAAACGUCAAAGGAGACAUUCCGAAGAUACAUCGCUUGUAAACGGAACGGGAGAGCAAAAAGAUCCGAUGGCCUGGGACGAGUUAGUCAGGGCGCAGACUAAACCGAUGGUAACUUCACCAAAGCUACCUAUAGCAAUCAAUGGUGUACGGUUGGAUAUUGUGCCUAAAGUUGAUACCAACAACAAAAACUGUGAUAAAAUGUUAAAAACUAAAACAAGCAACCCUCUUGGUAACCUUGGUAAUAUGACGAAUACUAUUCUUGGUAACCAUGGUAAUAUCACGAAUACGAGCCAUGGCACUGGGACGAGUAGCCAUGGUAAUACGACCAUUGUUAGUAUCAGUAACAAUAGUAAUAUUGCGAAUACUACUUUGGGUAACAGUGGGAAUAUAACGAACACAACAGUUAGUGACUAUAGUAAUACGGCAAAAAUUAACGCCAACCAGACUGCGCUAAAAUCACCUGGGUUACCUACUACGAAUUUUGUACCUGCAACUCUGCUUCCUGUGACGUCGCAGGGCCAAAGUUCCGGUGGUAAUGCGGUCACGCAAAGCGAUACAACUACGGUUGCGACUGCUAAGGAUCAAACGCCGGUUGAUAAACCACGAGGGGAACAAGCUGCCGGUGUUGUGAUGCCGUACAGAUGUUUGUGGGCCGGUUGUGGUUGUUCAUUCGGUAACUCAAAGCUGUUAUACAAUCAUGCGGUCAGCGUACACGCACCAAAGGAGCAGAUGUUUACUUCUUGUCAGUGGGAAGGUUGUACCCAUGUACGUCGUUCGAGGGCCUCACUUCUAUUUCAUCUACGGCAACGACAUUUGACUUUGUCCAAGGACCCAAACGUCGUCCCCAAACCCCAGAAAACCAUCCAGCCAGUUGGUCCCGUUCCUCCACCAAGCGGUGCGCAGCCACCUACGGCCCCUCCUCACGGGCGAACUGUGUUUCCACAUCAUCCCUCCGUCAAUCCAUUGCUACUGAACCUAAAAGAAAAACUGUUACAGACGGAACAAGAGUUACCAUUAACGAAGUCCAUUCGUCUUACCGCCGCUCUAGUUUUAAGAAACAUCGCCAAAUACUCGCCGACUGGAAGAAGAAAACUGAAACGUUUUGAGUCAUCGUUCACUGAAAUCAUGUGUUCAAAGCUCGAAUCAAACGGUGCGAUUGCUGCCUGUCUUCAUGAAAUAACAAGACCGCGACAAGAAGACGCGCUGCCGAAAAGAUGACCGCUGACAUUCGAACGAGAGAUUUGAGGCCGUAGUAUUUAUUCGAUUUAACAUAUUGUACGCUUGUUCGUAUAUUUCUGAUUUAUUGAUGGUAUCUCGGUGAGUUUCAUUAAGGGCUACCGUUUAACAGGUGAUAGUGAACCUGCAUGUUUGUAAUCAUAAUGAAAAGACAUUAGUUUUUUGCUAUUGGUAAUUAGCCCUUUCCCAAUCGAGCAGGGUACUGGGUCUAGUCGCGAACCGCAAAGCAUCUAUGGACUGUUUGGAGGGACAAUGAUUUCAGACUUAGAUUUCUUGUCCCAUAGAUGCUUUGCGAUUGGCGACUAGACCCAGUACCCUGCUGGAUUGGGAAAUGGCUAAUUAGAUUAGUAAUCUCAUGAGAUGCACCUAUGUUCUGUGAUGCUCCGGUUGAUUUUUUAAUUUUUUCUCUACAUAAAUCACUCUUGACUUUUGUCUCAGAAAACCUUAAUUAGGAUAGCUGUCCGUCAUUUGGACAAUGGUCAGUCAGUAGCUAUAUCGACUGCGGUCUAUCUGUAAUAUAUAAAUCUAACAGAUCUUUUCUGCGUCUGUUUCCACAAAAUCACAGGUUCAUUGCACGUGCUGUCCGUUAGCUCUUACUGAAAUUCGCAAAUAAAACAAAAGAUUAAGCUUUAUUUUCUCCCAGAAAAACUCUCUGUAAGUAUUGUGUCUAUGUACAUAAAAUGUAUUUAUUUCAUAAAAUCAUUUAUUGUUGUAAAUCCUUUUUCCUCUAUCGAUGACAUAUGUACGGAAUACUCCAAGUGAUGUUUAGAGAUCAGUGUUGAAGAUGUGCAAGCUUGAUUAUAUAAAAUUUAUUUAAAGUUAUUGAAGUUUGUACGUCAGUGUGUUAAAUAUCUUAUUUAUACAGAUAAUCCAAAUUGACAACUUUAGCAUAUAAUACCUUGGGAAUACUGUUUAGUCAU